AUGAAGAAUUUCGGAAACUUGGUUCGCUCCGCGUUAACGGCGGUUGCUCUCGCACAACUCGCUAAUCUCAUACCGUACGCAAGAGGACAGGGUCAAAUAGACUUUGACACUGGAACUCUCGCGAAUCUUACCUGGGUCGGAUGCUACUCCGAAGCAACCCAAUGCACUCGUUUAAGCGUACCUUUAAAUUACUCUGACCCGAGCAUAGGGACCGCCGCCAUCGCCCUCAUCCGCAUUCCCUCUCCCUUAGGCCUUACCGGAGAUGAUUCUUACCGCGGGCCCGUGCUGUUCAACCCCGGAGGGCCAGGUGGGAGCGGCGUCGAAGCUGUUCUCUCUCUCGGGGACGCCAUUGCAUCUGUGCUAGGCCCCGAGUUUGAUUUUGUUGGCUUCGAUCCUCGAGGAGUCAACCACUCGACCCCUCAGAUAUCGUUCUUCAAUUCCGAGCCUGAACGCGCCGCUUUCGAUUUUAGCGCCACCGCCCUCAACAUGGAUGCCAACUCGUUCGACGGACUCCCGGAGCGCUGGGCGCGUAUGCAAGUCCUAGGUCGUUUGGCGAAGGAUAGGGACACUGGGAUCCUAAACCACCUCACGACGCAUAACGUAGCGCGAGAUAUGUUGAGUAUCGUGCAUGCGCAUGGGGAGGAAAAGCUUAUGUAUUGGGGGAUCUCGUAUGGAUGUAUCCUGGGAUCGACAUUUGCCGCUAUGUUCCCGGACAAGGUUGAGCGCUUAAUUAUCGAUGGUGUCCCCGAUGUGGAAGGGUAUUACGAUAUGGAUUUUUCCAACAGCGUCCUGGACGCCGAUAAAGCCCUGCAAACAUUCUUCGAUGGUUGUGCAGCCGCCGGCCCUGAUCUGUGCGCUUUCCACUCCCCCACAUCCUCCGCCAUCAAAAACCGCCUCUCUGCCCUCUCUACCUCCCUUCUGGAGCAGUCAGUCCCAGCCUACUCCCCCUCCCUUCCCGCAUAUGGCGUGCUGAACUACGUUACACUACAGAGAGCCUUGUUCAGCGCGUUAUACGCGCCUUACGAACUGUUCUCGCUCCUGGCACAAGGAUUGAAGGCACUAGAGGAGGGAGAUGGGAGUCUGGUUUAUCAGCUCGCGCAGCCGCUAGCGACCGAGGAAACAGUGGCAAUUGGGUGCACGGACGCUGACCUCGUCGAGGAUGGGCCGGAAGAGAUGAAGGCCUAUGCGGAGAGAACCAGCGGAAUAUCCAGUUUCUCGAACUUAAUGGCUUCGUAUCGGCUUGUGUGCACUGGGUGGAAAAUUCAUCCAAAUAAUUUUAGAGGACCAAUCAGUGGGAACACCGGCUUCCCGAUGCUCGUGAUUGGGAAUACCGCGGACCAGAUCACUCCGCUUGCAAUGGCGAAAAAGGUGGCUACCGGAUUCCCAGGAUCCGUUGUCCUAACUCAAGAUUCGCCAGGGCACACGUCGUUCGGUGCGCCGUCCGAAUGCACUCUGGGCCAUGUGCAAAGGUACUUCCAGAAUGGCACUCUCCCAGAGGAAGGCGUCGUUUGCAAUGUUACGACGCCUCUGUUCCCUCCUCCGUCUAAUGCGACCACUCCGGCAAGGAGCUGCGAAUACUAUCUCAACAGCACGGGUGGAAAUUGGAAGACGAUGUCAAUUCACGAAGGCGAUGCACCUAUCAGUAUCCAGGAGGAACAAAGAGAGGAAUCAUUGGGUAGCGAGGCGGACAGAGGAGCUGGCAAUCUUCCAACUUCAGCCAAUGCUGGGGAAGCUCAAGCACCUAGAACAAUGGAAGAUGAACAAGAAGGGAGCAGAGACUCUCAAGAAGAGCCUGAGAUACGUGAGCAAGGAAUCCCCGACGGAGAUGACCCACUGAAGAAGGAUGUGACGGACCACUGGAGCGCCAUCCUGAAGCCCCUGCAGGAGAACGACGCAGCGCAAUGUGCGAUUUGGAAAGGGGAGGUGGACAAUAUCCUCAUUUUCGCAUCACUCUUCUCAGCCGUCGUCACUGCGUUCGUUGUCGAAUCGUACAAGGACCUCAAGCCAGAUCCCAACGAAGCUACGGUUGUCCUCCUCACACGCAUCGUCGCCCGCCUCGACAACGCCCUCAACGGAUCAACCUCUCCUCUUCCAACUGACGAAGCAAUCCCAUUUUCCCCCUCUUCAAUUACAGUCAACGUCUUCUGGGUCCUUAGCCUCGUCGUCAGUCUCACCACGGUGCUCAUCGGCAUUGUCGCGACCCAGUGGUUGCGCGAGCAUCAGCAAUAUCCGGCACACUUCUCGGUGGAGGAAAAGUUUGGGCUGCUGAAUGUGCGGAGGGAGAUGUCAGAGAAAUGGCGGAUGGGCAUGUUCUUCGCCUCACUCCCCGUCCUCCUCGAGCUUGCCUUGGUGCUCUUUUUCCUCGGGCUAAUCCAGUUCUUCAAUGCCCUGGGUGUCAAUAAAGUCACCAUCCCAACCACCCUCGCAAUCUCUCUUGCCCUUUUAUUCCUCUUGGUGACAACAGCGAUUCCGACACUCCAAAUCUUCACCGUUCGUUCCAGAAGGACACAGUUCAAUUCAAAUGUCCCAACACCAUGUCCGUACAAGUCGCCACAAGCAAGAUUAUUCCGCCUAUUUGUCUCGUCGAGACUCGGGAAUGUUGUCGCAUAUUACACUUUCGUUCCUGCAUAUUCUCUCCUCGUGCGAUCGAUGGUAGGGGCACAAUCCCUUCAGAUUUCGUAUUGUUUCUCCCAGUACAUUUCACGUCCGUUCUCCCGGUACUGGUCUGUCCUUGUUGAGCUUUUCCCAACCAAGGCACUGCAAGGGCUCUGGUCAAAAGUUCAACGAGGUGUAUCUGGACUUGUGAAUUCUCGUCACGCCUCUCAACGGUCGCCAGCACCUUCCAUCCAGUACUUUACAGUGAAUUCAUAUUACAACCUUUUUGAUGCUCGAUCUUGGACCGAACUUGACAUGGAAUGGGUUUCACUGCGAAGGCUCUACUACAGUCAGGAAAUUCUCCCCAACACCAGAUUCUUGAGUCCAGGAUGUUUCGACAGGGACAUGAUUUAUGGUCCCCCCUAUGAGCACCUUCACGGCAUCCAACAUUUUUGCGGCCAAUAUCAACAAUAUCUAGACCUCCUCUAUUCUGCAGAUCAAUGUUUCCUGGACCGCAUCUUGAUCCCAAACCCUGGCAAAAGCUCGUUCUACAAGGAGGAGUACUAUGAGGCCCUCAUAUGUGUGCUGCGCAAACCCGGCACUUUGAUCAUUUCAGACAUCAUCCCAGGCCAGUUUUACGAAAAGUCCAAUCUCAUAUGUGAUGAUUUGCACCUCCUAUUCCUCAUGCGUUUCCUGGAUAUUAGCUUCAUGAAGAAGGAGCUGACGCGGCAAGUUCUGGAUGCCUUCUUUAAUGCCAUCAUAGCCGGCCAAGUGGACAACCCCUUGCCCCUCAAUAAAUAUUUCCCCUACCCUUACACAAUGACAUUAUGUGAACAGCUCUGUGAAGAGUUACGUUCUGCGAACCCUGAUAUUUCGCAAGGGAGGAUAGACUGGACACUCCAUCACAUCUUUGCUGAUCAGUUGGAAGUCGUCAUGGGUCAAUACCUCCGCCUGCGCCUCCACUCGACAACAAGUAAUGUGCGAGAAAGGAUUGAUAGAGCAGCACAAGCCCUCAAUGCCACACUCCGAAAUCGCAUACAUUCAGAGGACCCCGAGGUGGACCACAACGUGCAGGCACAUGCCUACCUCACUGCUUGGGUGAUCAUCCGAGUCUACCCUGACUGCUUGGGCGAUCGUCCACCAGAAGGUGUAAUAAAGCUCGCGAAAACUGUCUACAAGAUGAGCCAUGACAUGCGAGCCAAUCCUACCAUACCGCUCUACCGCUACAUCCUCAAAGUGGCAGGGCAGAUUUGGGAUGUGACCGAGGAGCGCGCCUUGGGAAGAAUUGGUGAAUUUGGUUUUUGGUGGGAUGAGUGGCGUAGACUGUAUUCACCGGAUACUGUGGAGCAAGGGUCCGUGCUAGUCCCCGAGCACCUCACCUCAGCACGAUUCUCGGAGCACUGGGAUCGCGCGAUUAUAUUAUUGAAGAGGAACAAGGACUGGUCGCACCACGAGAAGAAUGACGAGAUUCAAGGAGCUAGAGCGGGAGCUGAAAAGGACAUCUUCCGCCCCAGCCCCCGCCUCGUCAGCACCCCAAAUGUUGAUACCCCAAAUGUUGAUCCCGAGUUGCAGAAGAAGGACGAGUUUUCAAAUCCCAGAGAAGAAUGGCUUGAAUACAUCUUACCGCCUCCCAUACCCAUACCUGUGCCGCUUCUUCCGCCGCUCCUCUUGCAGUCUCACUGCUUACCGAUCUCCCACCUCACUCUCCACUCCUCGACUCCUGCCAGACAUCUCCUUCACCUUACGGUUCCGUUCCUCGUCCACCGACUGUCUCUGGAGAUAAAGCCCGACAACGACACAUCAAGAUUCCGCGCGGGCAUCCAGGCACGCGUUUACGAUUCCUAUAAAGGGUUGUCGCAGGAGCAAGAUGCGGAGGAGAGCAACGAUGAAGAUGAGGACGAGGAUAAUGUGGGACGAGAUGAAGAAAAGAUCGUGAAGAAGCCAGAGGCCAAAGGCGAUAUCAGACUGCCUGUAGAUGAACAUGAACAUAACCCGCCGUCCAAGUUCCAUGUUUCGACGCUUCAACAGAUCCUUUCUGCUACUCGUUCGCCUCCGGCCAAACUCAGCUAA